AUGGUCAAUUCCUUUUCGUCAAAGCUCGUGACUCACGUGCUGUCCGAAGGUGGGCCGCUUGGCGGGCACAGUUUGUCCGCUGCCAACGGGGUUUGGGUUGAUCAGAGUCACCGCUUCAAGCCCACUUUCAGAGAAAUUAUCCAUAAUUCUUACAAGGCUGCUUUCAAUCAUGUUGAUUUUCAAUCUAAGCGGUCUGAGGGAGGAAUUGAUGUAAAAGAAGAUAGCACCAAGCUAGCAAUAUGUUGCAGGUGCUCACCGAGCGCUUUUCAAGGAACUAUGGAAGGUGUAAAGAAGCUGAUGAAGAAACAAUAUAAUGAAGAACUGAAGAAAAAUCUCUUCUAUCACUACAUGGACAUAUAUGCCUAA